AUGGUUAACAAUCUAAACCUCGUAAAAAAUCAAAAAACGAAUGAUGAGCUCAUUACUUAUGAAACUAGUACAAGACGUUUUACGAUAGAUCACAUUUUUAUGAAAUCUUCAUUAAUUCCAGACCUCAUCGACCAAGUAGUAGAAAAAGUUGAUAACGAUUUUUCAGAUCAUGCUAUCGUAUAUGCAACUAUUUCUUUAGCAUCUAUUAAUUCAUCCUUCACUCAUCGUGUAGCAAUAAAAAAGCUGGUCUACAGGUAUGACGAAAUGUCUGAUGACAACUGGUCUGCUUUCGGAUUCUCAGUCAACCAAAGAUAUAAAAACACAAGACUUCACAAUAUGUCAUUAGAUA